GCAGGGAACGAAAGCGGCUCCAGUUCAAAAGCCACAUGCACCAACGUGACAUAUAAGCCAUUAAAAUAUCAUCCUGACGGCUCAUUUCUGCUUCAUCAUACAUUCCCUAACUGCUUCCCGAAAGCUGGAAAAAGAGAAAUGAAGGAUGAUCGCCUCGCUGGAACCACGAAGAGAGGCUUAGAGGGGUUUGUGGUCCCCCCUCAGCCACCCCAAAGUGAUGUGCAGAAAUGAGGCGAUCCCAGCAACAGGUGGAGCGGGGCUCAAAGUCAGAAAAUGAGAUUCAAGACCUCCUCGGCCAUGAGGAGACGGUUGCGACUUUACCAAACUGCUCUGAAAGAGUCGAGUAGUAGUUCCGGACACCAUGACCCCCAGCUCGCUGCCGCCUCCAGCCCCUCAGUGUUCCCUGGCCUCCACGAACAGUCUCCCGAGGCCUCGGCCAGUGGCACAUUGAACGGACUCCUGCGUCUGGGGCUUCCCGGAGAAAUGUACGCGCGGCCCGAACCUUUCGCCCCGGGACCCGUGGCCCGCAGCGACGCCCUCGCAGCUGCCGCGGCCCUUCAUGGCUACGGGGGCAUGAACCUGACCGUGAACCUCGCCGCACCGCACGGCCCUGGCGCCUUCUUCCGCUACAUGCGCCAACCCAUCAAACAGGAGCUCAUCUGCAAGUGGCUGGCCGCCGACGGCCCCGCACCCCCGCGCCUCUGCUCCAAAACUUUCAGCACCAUGCACGAGCUGGUUACGCAUGUCACUGUGGAGCACGUCGGCGGCCCGGAGCAGGCCAACCACAUCUGCUUCUGGGAGGAGUGUCCGCGCCAGGGCAAGCCCUUUAAAGCCAAAUACAAACUUGUAAAUCACAUCCGCGUGCAUACGGGCGAGAAGCCCUUCCCCUGUCCUUUCCCGGGGUGUGGGAAGGUCUUUGCUAGAUCAGAAAAUCUCAAAAUACACAAAAGAACUCACACAGGGGAGAAGCCCUUCAGGUGCGAGUUCGAGGGCUGCGAGCGGCGCUUCGCCAACAGCAGCGACCGCAAGAAACACUCGCACGUGCACACCAGCGACAAGCCAUACACGUGCAAAGUGCGCGGCUGCGACAAGUGCUACACGCACCCCAGCUCGCUGCGCAAGCACAUGAAGGUGCACGGACGCUCCCCGCCGCCUCUUAGCUCUGGCUACGACUCGGCCACUCCGUCCGCCCUGGUGUCGCCUUCAUCGGACUUCGGCCGCGAGCCCCCGGCGGCCUCCUCGGCGGCGGUGGCGGCGCAUGGCGCCGAACUGCGAGAAUGAUGUCCACCGCGUUGCUCCUAAGGUAAUCUCGCCCCGCGCAGCUGAGAGCCCGCAUCUCGAGCCUGCGACAUCAAAGGGCCCGCGCACAAAGCAAUGUUUCUUGGCCACGGUGCAUCUUCAUGGUAAGUUAGGAUUUCUAUGGCAAUGGGCAAGUCGCACUAAAAUCCUGAAAGGCCUAGCCUGGAGCCCGUCCAGGCUUUUCAUUAAGGACAUAAUAUUUACGUCUAACAGGCCUUUUUUCUUGUGUAUACAAGUAUAUAUUUUUGUUUGACGCGGACUAAAUCAUUUUCAUUUAAUUUCCGGUAAACAAAACCCACGCGAAUGGGCACUUGUUCCCGAUCAUAAUAAAAAUGGAUAAUAAUGUGAGGGAAGAAAAAGGCCGCUUGAAUCGCCGCUCAGCCCCCUUUGUUUCUGCUUUCUGCGGUGAUCAGAGGGCGCAUUUGGGUUUGAUGGCGAGUUUCUAAAGGCGAGGAAAUGGUUUGUAAGAGGGGAAAGAAAAGGAGAAAGGUCUAAUCAAGCUCGGGUUGUUCAAAGAGUUGGGUUUUGGGGUUGAAAGUGUGAGUUUGACGGUGCAUCAGCAUGCCGCGUUGGGCUCGCCAUGGAAAUGCACGCGGGGAGCGGCCCCUUCAAAGGCGGCACACUUCACUACAGACACUGUAUGAAGACACAUUUGCGCUGACCUUUGCUUUCACGCCAUUUAAUACUGUCACUGCGUUCUCCAGUCUGUACUUCCCCCUUAGGACCUGCCUCGCUGACGUUUAGGGGUUCACCCUGCAUUCUUUGGCGCCAGGGACACUUUCAGGAAAGGGAGGAGCCGGUCUCCGAACAUCUUGGCUGUGCCUCAAAGAGGCUCCAAGGUCAGGAGUAAAUAACUUUAAGGCAACCUCAGAAGCUAAACAAAUGAGCAUCCCAAGCUCAGUUUUGUGCAGAGCAUCUCUCUGCCUCUUGAGCAAGGUGGAUGCCUGCAUCCGAAUGGAACGUGCAGGGCAGGGAAGACACCCUGGAUGAGUCUGGGAAGUUCAUACAGUGACUUUCAGUCAUUUCCACUUUGGCCCCCAGCACAGCCCAUUUUGCUCCUCUGCCCCAGAAGUCUCUUGCAGCCCCCCACCCCCAAACUCGUUUCUCCCUAGAGUGCUGUGUAUAGUACUCCUCUGGCCUGGGCUGGCCCUGGGCAGGAGCUCCAGAGUGCAAGGCCAAGGGGACAGGGAAGAUGGCAGGAAAGUUAGAAGUCCAUGUUCCCUUAAUUGUCAUGUUGUUUAUUUUAUCCAAGUACCCCGGAGAAUAGGGGAAAAAUAAACAUGGUGGAAAAAAAUCAAACAGUGGAG